UCAUGCCAUUGUGGAUUACACCAGACCAGGUUGAGGGGACCAUCUCUACCAAAUGUUAUUUUCAAUGUGUCUGACAGGGUUAAUUUUUAUGACCACUGGGACUAAGUAUAAUACAGACUGUAAACUCCUAUUCAUAUGUGGAAUCAGACGGGACAUAUUUUGAGCAGCGAGCUAUCCUGUGUUGGGAUCUCAGGUUGUGAGGCCUAAAUCUGCAGACAUGGUGAAAUUGGGCACAUCAGAAAUGAUCUUCUUAACUUUGAACCACAACAUCACCCUCAUAGGGAAAGCGUGGCUCAUCCUGAUGGUUUUCUUAAGGAUCCCGGUACUGCUAUUUGCUGGUUAUCCCCUCCACCAAGAUGAGCAGGAGCGAUUUGUGUGUAACACCAUUCAACCCGGUUGUGCCAACGUAUGCUAUGACAUGUUUGCCCCUCUGUCCCUUUUCCACUUCUGGCUGGUUCAACUAACCACUAUGUGCCUUCCCUAUGUGAUGUUCAUUAUAUAUGUGAUCCACAAAGUGAUUUCUGGCCUAGCUGUUGCUAGUGAGGCCUCAGAGUCCAUAAAAGCAGACUCCGUUUAUAAGAUCCAUCAAGAAUCAUUCAGAAAAGCAUCGCUGUGCAAGACCGUUGUAAAGGCAAAGAUGGGGCAUUUGCAGCAUUUCACAGGACCUUACAUCCUGCAGAUGUUACUUCAGAUGGUUGUAGAAGCAGGCUUUGGAGCUGCCCAUUACUACCUGUUUGGUUUCAACAUCCCGAAACGCUUCAUGUGUCAGCAAACGCCUUGCACCACCAUGGUGGACUGCUACAUUUCCAGACCCACCGAGAAAACCAUCAUGUUGAACUUCAUGUUUGGAUUGGCUGUACUGUCCUUCCUCCUGAACGCAUGUGACCUAAUUUGUGCCGUCAAGCAUUCUGUGAGGCAAAAAAGCAAGAGAAAGAUGUUAGUUGAGAAGAUGUAUGCAGAAGAGCAGUACUACCUUUCGGAUAAUGGGAGUAAAGGUGUGGACACCAGCAUUGCACCGGUUCAAGACAUGGUGAGCCCCAACUUCCUAAAACGAGUGACCAGAAACUCUUGUGGUGACGAAGCUGCUUCCAUUCUUCUAGAUGAUGACCCUUCUCCACCAUCACCUCUUGGAGGAAUUUCUGGAAUGCCUGGCUCCAACAACAAUGAUGAUAGCAGCAGCUAUCAACCCACCCAAGAAGAUGGGAUGGUGCGAGGGGGCAGCAAAGUUGCCUUGUGCCCCACUGAGCCUUUAGGAACUCCCAGAUCCAUCCGAGUCAGCAAACGUAGUCGCCUAAAACCUCCGCCACCUCCACGAAGGGACAAACCAUCUGCUCCAGGGGCAGUUGAUGUCUCUGGGGCAACAGCAGUGUGUACCAGGAGAGUAGGGCAAUAUACAUUGGUAGAGAUGAGCACCAGUGAUGACAUACCAACUUGCGGAGGAGACGGGGAAGAGAAGAGGUCGGAAUGGGUUUGAUUGUCAUACUAGAGGACCAUCAUGAAGAAAUUCAUGGCUGCAAGCAACAAAAUCUUUGAAAUGCCUGCAAGUUAUUAGUGGUUAAAAAAUGCUUGAUAUGUAAGGAAUGGAUUCUUUGGAGAAGCAAGGUGAAAUGAGAAGUAUCUUUAGAAGACCUCAACGUCAUGGCUACAUGCUAACCCUCAAAUCAUCUACAACCUUCAACAUCCACAUAUUGUUCAUGUUUGUGUUAGUGCAUUCACUUUCUUUCUCCAAAGAGAUAGACCUUGACUUAACUUGUCCCAUC